AAACUCCGCCCACUUCCUCCUGUUUGGCUGAAGACACACCCACUUCCUGUUCAGACUCAGAUCCUGUUGCAGCCUUUGGUCCAGACCUGAGGAACGCCACCGAGAUCAGCACUGAAACUAAAUUCAAAUAUUCUGGAAGUGUUGGACAUGAAGUGCAUCACAGAGUCUUCACCAGCGAACGGCGCCAUGUUGAGAGUCCAGGAAGAGCAAUUCCACCUUAAGGAAGUAAAGGAGGUUUUCAGAUUUCCACACAUCGUCGUCAGCUGAGGAUGAGUCUUCACAUGGUUCUCCAUCACUUGGUUGUUUAAGGUGGAGAUCUUCUUCUGACAGCUCUUUGAAGGGAGGACAGGAUGGAGACACAGGACCAUCUGCAAAUUCUGGAAAAGCUGUCCAACGAUGACUUAAAAAAGUUCCAAUGGUGCCUGAAGGACAGGGUCUUCCUGAAGGGGCUCCCCUUAAUUCCACCGUAUAAACUGGAGAACGCAGACAGGAUGGAGACAGUGGACCUGGUGAUGCAGUGCUAUAGUCGUCAAACUCUGAAGGUUGUUGUGAAGAUUUUGGAGAAGAUUCCCAGGAAUGACCUUGUGGACGAGUUAAAUGAACAGUUCUGUGUAUCUGAAGGUGGACCCGAUGUGCUGAGACAAUAUGAGGACAGAAAGGAUGGAGAGAUGAGACCUGGACUUGGACCCGGACCCAGCUUUGUGUCCAAGAAGCCUCAUGUUCAAGGGUCCAAACACCAUCAUCAGUCUGUUGAACAGCACCCAGAGACUAAGAUCAGAGGACAUCCUUCUGGAUCUGAACCAGAGCCUGAACCUGAUCCUGAUCCCAGGCCCAAGAGUGCCAGUUGUAAGGGCCAUCAUGUUGAUGAAGGCGGACCACAGUCUGCUGAUCACAGGAUCCAUCAAAGACCAGCCUGUGCUGUGUCUACUCAUGUCUCUGAGGACAGCGUUCCGUUCGUUGAACCGACUGAAUGUGAAGACCAGUGGAUCCAUCAGCAGAGUCCAGACCCUGGUGAACCCAGUGGUCUAUUAAACAACAUGGGAGAUGUUUUACCUCCACAUUUGGAUUCUGGAAACCGUGUUGUGAGUGAGUGUCAGCGAAGACAUAAGAUUAACCUGCAGCAGAAGUUUGAGUGUGUGUUUGAGGGCAUCGCUAAAGAAGGACUCCCCAAAACCCUCCUGAACCAGAUCUACACAGAGCUCUACAUCACAGAGGGAGGGGCUACAGAGGUCAACCAGGACCAUGAGGUCAGACAGAUUGAAACAGCAUCCGAGAAACCAGACAGACCACCAACAACCAUCAGAUGUAAUGACAUCUUCAAAAGCACAAAUGACAGACAUCAGCCAAUCAGAACAGUGCUGACAAAGGGCGUGGCCGGCAUCGGGAAAACCAUCUUAACACAGAAGUUCAAUCUGGACUGGGCUGAAGACAAAGCCAACCAGGACAUCCACUUCAUAUUUCCACUCACCUUCGAACACCUGAAUGUGCUGAAACAGAAGAAGUUCAGCUUGGUGGAACUGGUUCAGCACUUCUUCACUGAAACCAAAGAAGCAGGAAUCUGGAUCUUUGAAGACUUCCAGGUGGUGUUCAUCUUAGAUGGUCUGGAUGAGUGUCGACCUCCUCUGGACUUCAACAACACUCAGAUCCUGACUGAUGUGACAGAGUCCAGCUCAGUGGAUGUGCUGCUGAUGAACCUCAUCAGGGGGAACCUGUUUCCCUCUGCUCGCCUCUGGAUAACCACACGACCUGCAGCAGCCAAUCAGAUCCCUGCUCAGUGUGUGGACAUGGUGACAGAGGUCAGAGGGUUCACUGACCCACAGAAGGAGGAGUACUUCAGGAAGAGGUUCACAGAUGAAGAACAGACCAACACGAUCAUCUCCCACAUCCAGAGGUCCCAAAGCGUCCACAUCAUGUGUCACAUCCCAGUCUUCUGCUGGAUCACUGCUACAGUUCUGGAGGACAUGUUGAAGACCACAGACAGAAGACAACUGCCCAAGACCCUGACUGAGAUGUACAUCCACUUCCUGGUGGUUCAGACCAAACUGAAGAACAUCAGGUAUGAUGGAAGAUCUGGGACAGAUUCACCCUGGAGUCCAGAGACCAGGAAGAUGAUUGAGUCUCUGGGAAAACUGGCCUUUGAGCAGCUGAAGAAAGGAAACCUGAUCUUCUAUGAAUCCGACCUGACAGAGUGUGGCAUCGACAUCAACUCAGCCUCAGUGUACUCAGGAGUGUUCACAGAGGUCUUCACAGAGGAGAUCGGACCGUACCAGGACAAGAGGUUCUGCUUCGUCCAUCUGAGUGUCCAGGAGUUUCUGGCUGCUCUUCAUGUCCAUCAGACCUUCACCAACACUGGAGUCAAUCUGCUGUCAGAAAAAACGUCUGUUUGGUCUAAACUAUUAAGGGUCAAACCAGUCCAGUUGUACCAGACCGCUGUGGACCAGGCCUUACAGAGUCCAAAUGGACACCUGGACCUGUUCCUGCGCUUCCUCCUGGGUCUAUCACUGCAGACCAAUCAGAGUCUCCUACACAGUCUGGUGAAACCAACAGGAAGCAGCUCAACAACCAACCAGAAAACUGUAGAGUACAUCAAGAAGAAGAUCAGUGAGAAUGUGUCUGCAGAGAGAAGCAUCAACCUGUUCCACUGUCUGAAUGAACUGGAGGAUCGGUCUCUGGUGGAUCAGAUCCAAAAGUACCUGAGAUCAGGACGUCUGUCCACAGAACAACUGUCUCCUGCUCAGUGGUCAGCUCUGGCCUUCAUCUUACUCUCAUCAGAAAAAGACCUGGAUGUGUUUGACCUGAAGGAAUACUCUGCUUCAGAGGAGGUUCUUCUACGGCUGCUGCCGGUGAUCAAAGCCUCCAGAACAGCUCUGUUGAGUGGCUGUAAUCUGUCGGAGAGAAGCUGUGAAGCUCUGUCUUCAGUUCUCAGCUCCAGAUCGUCUUGUCUGAGGGAGUUGGACAUGAGCAACAACGACCUGAUGGAUUCAGGAGUGAAGAAACUGUGUUCUGGACUGGAGAGUCGUGAAUGUAAACUGGAAAAUCUCAGAUUGUCAGGAUGUCUGAUCACAGAAGAAGGAUGUAGAUCUCUGGCCUUAGCUCUGAUGGCCAAUCCCUCCUACCUCCGGGAGCUCGACCUCAGCUACAACCAUUUAGAAGAAUCAGGAAAGAAAUAUCUGUCUGGUGCAGUGAACAGUCCACAUUGGAACCUGGAAACUCUCAGGUUGGACCAUAAUGGACUACAGUGGUUAGAACCGGGGCUGAAGAAGUAUUUCCGUGAACUCACACUGGAUGAAAACACAGCUAACGAAAAACUCAAACUGCGCAAAGGCGACAGGGCGGUGACAUGUGUGAAGGAGAAGCAGCCACGUCCUGACCACAAAGACAGGUUCUUAAAGUGUCCUCAGCUGCUGUGUUCGACUGAUCUGAGCGGUCGCUGUUACUGGGAAGUCGAGUGGCGAGGGCAGGUUUUCACAGCGGUGACGUACGAAGGAAUCGGAAGGAAAGGGCGUGGCGACGACUGCGAGUUCGGAGGAAACGAACAGUCCUGGAGUCUGAUCUGUGAUGAUCAAUACUCAGUCCAUCACAACAACGUGGAAACAGACCUCCCUCAGUCCUCCUCCUCCUCCGAUCAGGUGGCGGUCUACGUGGACUGUCCGGCUGGAUCUCUGUCCUUCUACAGAGUCUCAUCAGACAAACUGAUCCACCUCUACACCUUCAACACCACAUUCACUCAGCCUCUCUUCGCUGGGUUUUGGCUAUACUCUGGUUCCUCGGUGUCUCUGUGUCGUCCAAAGAAGGGAAAGUCUUCUCCGUGAAGUUCCUCCAGGAGUCUGGGUCUGCUCCAGGUUUCUGCCUGUUAAAAGGAAGUUUUUCCUUCCACUGUCACCAGUCACUAGUGUUUAGAGUGGCUUAGAGUCUGGUUUGGACCAACUCGAUAUGUAAAGUGUCAUGACAUAAAUUUUGUUAUGAUUUGGCACUGUAUAAAUAAAAUUUGAUUGGUUGAUUGAUUGAUUAAUUGCUUCUGAAACCUCAAAAGGUGAAGAUACACCAACCCGAAUUUUGACGGUCGGUCGUCGUUGGUCAGUCUGCUGAGGUCGGUGACAUGAGUUAGUUUGGUGAGUUCCGUUCAAUCGUCCAUCAUUAAUGUCGUCUCUAGUCUUUUCAGCCAAUUCAACAUGAGUAAUCGUCCACUCCCUGUCGUUCAGUCGGACAAAUCUGAUUGGUGGAGGGAUAGUCCUGGACUAGUGAAUCAGUGAAGGAGAAGUUUCCAUGUGAAUCCAGCUGUGCCAAAGUACUGCACACUAUUAUUGUCUUCUAGAAUAGUCCAUUCACU